GUGCACAAGUACACCGAGUUAGAUUUCUCAUAGAGCUGCCAGGCUGAAUAUCUUGUAGUCGAAGCUGUAAACGUUACAGAUUUCUCUGUUUAUCAUUUUAUGUAUUUGGGAGGUGGGGGUUGUUUUGUUCUCUCUUUCCCUCUGGAUAUAUUUAAUUCACGUGAAGCUAUGUUACCAAUACUGGAUUUUUGAUAUCCUUGUUCAGCAAGUGUUCAUGACGUGAUGUGGAUCAACUCAGACCUUACGGGACAAAAAAGAUGAGUCCAAACUGAAACAUUUUCCUCUCCUGGAUUUUGGAGAAGAUUGGAUCCAGAUCCAGUUUGGGACUGGAAUUUCACAACCCAGCAGAAUACUGAACAGGAGCAAGUCUAUUUACACCAGCAAGGAGAUAGAAAUGUAUCUUAGCGUUUGAGAUUCAUCAGUAUGGGCUAUUCAGGAGACAUCAAGGAACGUGGAAAUCAGAGAUAAUCUUAUGUUGAUAAUGGAUUGAUCAGAUAUUCAUGAACACCGGUAUCAAGAAAUCUCAUUCACAUAAAUGAAUUGGACAGGAAGAGGAAAUCAGGCCCCAGUGCUCAUUUUUGCCUGGAAGCCUUUGAUCUGACAUCCCCACCUGGAAGAGGAGUAGAUAAAGCAACAUGCAGCAAAAUUUGAUGUUACCGGUUCAGUUUACUUUGUUGCUUUUUCUGAACAUGGUGUAUUUGAAUGGACAGUCACCUCCUGGAAAACCUGAGGUACUUAGAUGUCGUUCACCGGAAAAAGAAACCCUUGCUUGCUGGUGGAAACCUGGUUCUGAUGGAGGACUCCCUACCAACUACACUCUGCUCUACAACAAGGAAGGAGAAGAACAAAUCAAUGAAUGUCUGGACUACAGAACAGCAGGUCCCAAUUCCUGUUACUUUGAUAAAAAGCACACCAGUCUGUGGACGACUUAUAACAUCACUGUCAGGGCAACUAAUGAGCUGGGAACUAACAUCUCUGAUCCUCAUUAUGUGGAUGUGGCCUCCAUAGUUCAGCCAACUGCUCCUGUGGACCUCUCUCUAGAAGUAAAACAAACAGCUGGCAUAUUGUACCUGUGGGCAAAAUGGUCUCCACCCCCAUUAAUCAAUGUCAGACCAAGGUGGCUAAUACUCUAUUAUGAGUUACGACUUAAACCGGAGGGAAAGGAAGAGUGGCAGACUAUUUUUGUUGGACAGCAAACCCAAUACAAGGUGCUCAAAUUGUAUCCUGGAUUGAAAUACGUUGUACAGGUCCGCUGCAUACCAGACCGUGGAGAAUGGAGUGAAUGGAGUUUAGAGAGUUACAUUCGGAUCCCCAAAGGGCAAUCAGCUCCUGGAAAGCCGGAAAUAAUGAGGUGUCGCUCUCCAGAAAAGGAAACUUUUACUUGCUGGUGGAAGCCUGGCUCAGAUGGAGGACUUCCAACCAACUACACUCUGAACUACUACAAGGAAGGAGAAGAACUAAUCAAUGAAUGUCCAGAUUACAAAACAGCUGGCCCCAAUUCCUGCUACUUUGAUAAAAAGCAUACCUCACUCUGGACAAUAUAUAAUAUCACUGUAAAGGCAACCAACAGGAUGGGAAGUAGCAUUUCUGAUCCUCAUUAUGUGGAUGUGACUUAUAUAGUGCAGCCAGACCCUCCUAUGAACGUGAUCCCAGCAGUAGGAAUACAAGAUGGAAAACCGUAUCUGCUUGUGAAAUGGUCUCCCCCUCCAUUGGCUGAUGUCAGAUCGGGUUGGCUUACUCUUAUAUAUGAGUUGCGACUAAAAACAGAAGGGGAAGAGUGGGAGACUUUUUUAGUUGGACAACAAACACAAUAUAAGAUAUUUAGUUUAAAUCCUGGAAAUAAGUACAUAGUACAGGUUCACUGCAAACCAGACCAUCACGGAGCCUGGAGUGAAUGGAGCCAAGAAAAGUAUAUUCAGCUUCCCAGUGACUUCAGAAUGAAGGAUCUGAUCGUAUGGAUCUUUGUGGGCCUAUUGUCAUCUGUCAUUUGUUUAAUCAUGAUUUGGAUGAUGGUUUUAAAAGGCUAUAGUAUGGUAUCCUGCAUCCUGCCUCCGGUUCCAGGGCCAAAGAUAAAAGGCUUUGAUACGCAUCUGCUAGAGACAGGGAAAUCUGAGGAACUACUGAGCGCUCUUGGCUGCCAGGGUUUCCCUCCAACGUCAAACUCUCAGGACCUGCUGAUAGAAUUCCUGGAGGUAGAUGACAGCGAGGAUCAGCAGCUCAUGCCAAGUCAUGACAAGGGUCAUUCCAGUAAAAAUAUGAAGUUGGUGCACAAGGAAAUGGACAGUGAUUCAGGACGAGGGAGCUGCGACAGCCCUUCCCUGCUGUCUGAGAGAUGCAGGGAAGCCAGAAUCCCUGCACCAGCAUUUCAGACACCAAAUACUGGUGAAAUUCAAGAAAAUUUUGCAAAAAAUAACAGGUGGGAAAUGCAGAGCACAAAGGUAGAAGGGAACGUACUCUGUUCUAACACUAGUAGUCCAAAAUCAUCGACGUGGCCUGGAGCUCAACUACUGAACAAUCAGGCUCUGAAAUUCUCCUGCCCCAACAAUGCAGAUGACAAUAAGAGGAACACUGGUUCCAUGAACAGGACUGUUGUGUCACUGUUAAGGGGAAAUGAAGAAAAGCAUCAAUCGCGAUAUUCUAACACCAUUGAAACUAUCAGUUCGGAAAAAGUGGAUAAACAGGAGGAAAUGCAGAAUUUGCAUUCCAAAGCUGGGCAAGAUGCCGUGCAGUUGCUAUCCAAUGAGAAGUCACCUUUUUUGCCUGGUAAACUACUGGAUUAUGUAGAGGUUCACAAAGUCAACCAGGAUGGGGCACUUUCAGUAUUACUGAAACACAAAGAAAACAGUGGCAAAACUGAAAAAUAUAAUAACCCUGGAAUAAGCAAAGAAUAUACAAAGGUCUCAAGAGUUGUAGACAGCAACCUUCUAGUACUGAUACCAGAUGCAAGAGUUCAGCCCACACCUGUGUUUCAAGAACCUCCACAAGAACCUGCUCAGAGCCUUCAACAGGAUCAAGCAGAAAAAAAUAUGAGCUAUUGUCUUACAGCACCAAUAGAGUGCAAAAACCAGACUGGUGGGCUAGACUACAUGGAUCCAUCUUCUUUUAUGUGUUCCUUUAACUAACUGAAAGUUUGAUUCUUUUUCUUCAGGUAACACUACAGUGUAAAUUAAAUGCAAUCAACAUAAAAUGCUCAAGUCUGUGCUUUACGAUUACCCUCCUAAAGCCCAGUUGUAGCUUCCCCUUUUUUAUACAUCCUGGUCAAUCAGUCAGGCUACUAGCUACUCACUGAUUGUAAAGUAAAUUUUAUUCCAUUUUCAAUUGUUAUUUUUACAUAUUGUUUUUUGUUAAUAGUUAAGUACAGCAAAGCAAGAGCACAGGGCACAGCUUUGUACCAAAUCUGUUCUAACAAGUGUACUAUAAAGAAAAUGACAGGAUUUUUAGGUUGAGCAGAAUUCAACCUUAGAUCAAGACUCCUGAGGUAGAAUGGAAAGAAGUGGAUGUAACGUGCCAUGAAAAACUAUAUUGUAAACAAAUGAUUUGCACAUCUACUGCUUGAUUUAAAGCCAGCUAAAUUUUGCAGUUCAACAAGAUACUAAAUAGUAGGAAUUGAUAUGCCAUAGUUGUCCUCGCAAUUCCUUCUUGCUAAUUAACUACUAUCAAGUAAUGUGAUGGUAUAUACCACAUACUUCUGGUUUUUUUAAGCUAUAUGAAUACUAGUUUCAGUUUGUCUUUGUAUUUUUUUAAAUUCUUAAAAUGAAAGCACUAGUUUUUCAAAUGUUGGAAAUUUCAUGUAUAAAAAAUAAUAUAUUUGAGGAAUUUAUUGCAAAAUAGUGAAUCAUUCUAAAGCUAUUGUUCUGCUUCAUUUUUGUAUGUCUAAUAAUUGUGCACCACAUCCACCUGUUAGUCAGAUAAAGCCAAACAAAGAUUUGCAUAUAUUGAAAGACAAAGCCCAGCAGGAUGCAAUCUGAUACACUGCCUUACUGUACAUAAUAGAAAAUUCUACUUUAGUACAAGCCCAUUUGUUUAACAAUAUAUUUUUGAAGACUAUUUUUCUAUAACAAAGUUAAAGUAAAACAUUUUCUAACCUCUCAGUCCUAUUUAUCUACCUAAUUUCACUGUUUCCUCCUGCUGAGGCAGAAGGAAGAAUUCAGUGAAGCCACCAUUUCUGUAUGAAAUACAAUUUCUAUAUGAAAUAUAAACUGAGACUAUAAAAAUAUGAAGGAUAUGACAUAAGUCCUAUUUCUAAUAUUAGUUGUUGGUAAACUAGGCUGAAUUCUAGGUUGUGUAGGCUCUGUCCUCUCCUCUGCUGGCCUGUUUACUGCUCCAGUAGAAUUUGCUGCAUGAUGCUGAUCAGAGAUAUGAAUGAGGUCUCCUGCAGCCCUCGCACAAGGGCCAAAGCUGGACUUUUCCCAGAACCAGAGGGGAAGUUUUAAAGGUACAUUUUCCAACACUGAACUGUCACUUUCUGAAGUUAGAGAGACAUGACCUGAGGAGUCGGAGAGGGACUACCCAGUCAAAAUGGAGAUUGAGGCAAGGAUUGGGGACUGGUCCAUAUACUUAGAGGCCAUGUCUACCCAAGAUGCUUGCUGACUACGCAGUAGCUCAUUAUUACUGCACAGCAGACACAGCCAAUGUGUGGCAGCUUCCCCCAUUACAACCAGGGGCUCCUGAUUUCACUGGUAACUGCAAGAGGUAGCGCCUAUAAGUACACCAAAACAGCUAGGCUUACUGGUGACCCUCACUUCAUGGAAGAAGUGAUUUUAUUUGCUAAAGGAAAAUGCAAUGAAACCAAGAUGUCACCUUUGCAAUUAGAUCACAUACAGGAGAGACCUACCCAACAUUCACAGCCAUCUUGGCCUGGUGGAGAAGGGAAGAGGGACAAGCUGAGCAUAGAGAACUGUGUUGUGCGAGUGGUAGGAAAUAUAUUUGGAGUACAUGAGCUCCCCUUCCUCACGGACCUAUCCUGAAUGGUGCCAUAUUCUUCAGUGGGUAACCUCUGGUUUUGUUCACUGAGCCAGGCUUUUUCCAGUAUGGUGUUGUAUGCAGCAUAGCCAACAGACAUGGCUUUCCAGGCCUGGGGAGUUGUGGAAAGCCACAUUUAAUCUGGGCAGUAGAGUCCUUGCAUAAUAACGGUGGGCCAGAGAGAAGCCUGCUUAUUGAUCACUCCUUUGUCUGUGUAACUUUCACAGUGGCAGGACUUUGGAGUGUGGUUAGUAUUUUUCUUUCUUUUUUCUUUUUUUCCAAAAACCACUAUUAUGAAAUAUAGUAUAUAAGGUAUGUGUGUGUUUAUGUUUAUGGUUGUAUGUAGAGUGAACACCCCUAAAAUCUUUGCUUCACUUUGGAUAACAAGCUAAUUUUAUUGCAGGGUUUACAGCAUUUUCUAGGUAAGGGAUGCUAUGAUUACCACAGUGAAAAUAUCAAGUUUGCAAAAGGAAAAUUGAAAUGUUUCUAAGGGGAGAGAGUGUGUAUGUAUAUGUGUGGUCUGAAAAUACAAAAUCUGUCUCUCAGUGUGCUUCUUUUGGACUUCGAUUUUCUAGCUGUGAAUCCGGUAAUUAGUUAGGAUCAAACAUGCUCUCUUUCUUCACAUGGAUAGCAAUUGUCUGAGCCAUUUUUUUCCCCUACUACUAAGUAAAUAGGGGCCAGACACUCAGCUGGGCUACAGGCCUUUUUUGUUUCAUCGGUUGUCAAAAAGUCUGAGGAACCAUCCCCUAUAGGAUUUCCCUUGUGUAGUGGAAAUCCCUGGGCAUAGGCAAUGCGUAGGGGGGUCACAUGCCCCCCUUAGAUUGACCGCCGCCAGGUUCUGUGGGCGGUCGCUGCUUGCACCUGCUCCCCCUCGCCACCAAUGCAGGUGGCAGUGUCUGCAGGCAGUCCCUGCUCCCCACUGACACCACUGGUGGUGGCUGUGGGCAGUCCCCACUUGCCGCCACCGACACUGUGGACAGCAGCUGUGUGCAGUCCCCGCUCACCUCUUGCCGCCAUGGUGCCCCCAAGUUGCGGGAGGCACCAGUUGUUCAUGUCCCUGGGUAAAGUACAGCUGAAGAGUUAGAGCGUGUAGCCAGAGGAAAGAUAGUGUCCAGAGCAGCAGUGUACGCCAGUUGUUCAUGACACUCUCAAUGGUUACUUAAGACCAUAGGAAGCCAGGCACAACUUGGAGCAGUUGUUAGGCUGCUUUAAAUAGCAUUAGAGAUUUGAGAUAGUCCAGAAUCUGAGAAUCAAGAUGUAAACCACCUUUGGCUGCUCAUACGUCUUCUUGUAAAGAGGUGGUUAGUUGCAAGUCAGGCAGAAGGCAGGGCAGGGUGGCACCUUAGAGACUAAUUCAGGGGUGGGCAAUUAUUUUGGGCAGAAGGCCGCUUAGUGAGUUUUGGCAAGCAGUCGUAGGCUGCAUGAUAGGCAGCCCAGGGCAGAUAAAUAUUAAUUUUCUAAAAUUUUUAAGGACCCCACAGGCCAGAUAAAAUGGCCUGGUGGGCCGCAUCUGGCCCCCAGGCCACAUUUUGCCCACCUCUGGACUAAUUGAUUCAGCAAGGCAUGAACUUUUUUGGGCAACAACCUAUUUCAUUCAAUAUGAUAGAUCUAAUGACCAGUUCUCACAAUUGUUGCCUUGAAAGCUCAUGCCUCUCUGAAUUAGUGUCUGUAGACGUGCUGCGAGGCUGCUCCGAUGCACUGUAAUUUCAGCACAUCAGAGCGAGCGUGGUAAUUACUGUGUUCCAGCCGGCCUCUGCACCUUGUACAUCAGUGUCCCCGCACUUCAAAAUGGCAGUGGGAACACUUAAACUAAAGCUCAUUGAACCAGCUUUAGUUCAAACACCCUCACCACCAUUUUGAAACACAAGGACAUUGAUAUACAAGAUGCUGCGGGCACUUUAAUUAGAAUACCUCUCAGAGCUGCUCUAAUUAAAGCGCCCCCACCCCCACCCCAGAGCACAUUUAAAAAUGCCAUAAGGUGCUACCCUGCCCUGCCUUCUGCUGUCUCAUCCUGUACUGAACUUGGCCAGAUGAGAGUACGUGGCCUGUUAUGAUUUGCUGGGAGUAGGUUUACUUGAGUUCAGCAUUCGCUGCUAACUUAAAGCUCGUGAGGUGUUGGACGAUAAAUGACUGAAUUCACAGGGUAUCAGUGACUUACUCUCACAUGCAAGCUCCAAAUGGUAUUUUUUGCCUGUGAAGACAGGUUUCAGGUCUAUAAGAGAGGCCCUUUCAAUACUAAUGGUUCAAAUACAAAGGGAACCACAGCAGCUAUUUCUUGCCAUAAGCUGUGACAGAAGCUGUGGAAACUCUAUAGCCUAAAGCAAGUCUAGAAGCAUGUUCCCCAGUGAGCUUUCAGGAUCUUGAGGCUGGAUUACUAUGACUUUAUGUAAGGAUGGAAGGAUUCAGCCAAAAUGAAUAAGCUGCAGCUCUCCUGAUUGCUCUGAACCAUGUCAACUUUUUGGUGGGGGAUUGCUAGAGAUUUAUUACAUUUAAAUGUUUUUCCGAGCAAACAUCAUUAUUUAAAUUAUGUGUAUGUAUGCACAUGCAUGCACACACACACACUUCAAAAUUAUUUUGCUUUUAAAUAACAAUUGUCUCCUUUGGGGUGCCUGUUUCUUCCAAAAAUCAAUGGAAGUUUUGCGCAAUAAAGUCCUGUGAAUUUGGCCCUUUUUGUUUUAGAAGACAUUGGUACACAUUAAGUGAAGAAUAAAUAGUUGCUCUUUAAAAUUAGUUUGAAUAUAUGGAUCUUCAAACAUUCAAAUAUUUCAUUUUCCCUGCUUUAAAUAGGAUUUUCAUUUACAGCUGUUUAAGGGAUAUUUUUUCUUAGGGAAUAAAAUGCGAUUUUAUUACAGAUAUGUCAGGUUUCAGCAAAGUACAGUAGCCUGAUAGAACAGGGUUUUGACAUCUCAGCUGAAACACAGACAGACAGAUGCAUUACCUACCAGAAUUCAUCCCAACAAACAGAAAAUUGCCCCCUUGCAUUUACAUUUGUCACUUGGAAAAAUAGUUCAACUAGGUUCCAUGUUUCUUUUUAUUAUAGGUUUACAAAUAUGCCAAAUAAAUAUGUAUCACUUUGUAAUAAAAGGCCUAAAAUUGUAAAAAUAAAAGCUUCUCUGAAAAAUACUAAUUUAUUAUGAAAUGCACAAAAAUGAUUUGUACAUGUUGUUUAAAUUAACUACCUCCACUUUGGGUUCAUGCUUGCUUUAUAAAUGAAAGAUUCUACUUUUCUUCAGUAUUGAACAAGAUGAUGCCUCAAGCUUUUAAAUUUUCUAAUUAGCCUGAGUUUUUUAGUAAAGAGAUAUUUGAUGUACAAUACCACUACUUUCUGUGUACUUCUCCUGGCUUCUAACCAGUUGUCUAUGUGCUUUACUGAAUUUGGGACAUGUGCUCCUAAACUGCAUGUUACAUGAAACUCAUGAUCUAAAGAACUGUUUUUAUGAUGUUACAUGACUGCAAACAGUUAUUUAAAUAAAAAUGUAAGAAUCUAUCCAUA